AUGCUGCAGCGGACGCACGGAAUACUUGAUGCUUGCAUCAAAUCUAUCACAAUACAUAAUUUAAGCAUCAAAUCUUUAAAAUUAAGAUGUAUUGUGAUAUCUGUUCACCAAACGAUUGCUGCUGCGAUAUUAUUAUUCCUGUUGCUCCUGGCGCUUUCGCACGCGCAAGAGAUGACAUCCGUCCUCCACACGGACAUGGAAGACCAGGCCGAACGAGAAGUUACCGUAGUGAUUUUGUAUACGUCUAUCGCUAUAACUUCGGUGUACGUAGUAAUUGGAAUAGUUUGUAUAAUAGGAGCCAUUAAAAAAUCGCCCGAAUUGCUAUUACCAUGGCUGUUCGUCGACGUGCUCGUAAUGACAAUAUUUUUAGCAUUUUUGUGGGGUGGAGAUCAAAACGAAAAUUUCGUGGAUAUUUUUGGAGGCCAUUGGGUUUACCGAAUUGGUUGUCUGAUUUUGACAGUGAUGAAUAUUCACAUGUGGCUCACAGUACGCUGCUAUUACCGUGCUCUAAAGAAACAGAUUGAAAACAAGGAAAUGUCUUGCCGGACAACCGAUUCUAUUUUACCAAUAAAAUCCAGUGCCUCCAAUAAAAAUCUCAAUCACAAAUUCACUAACGUUAUAUGAAAACAUAAUAAUUAUAAUUCUAUCUGUUUUCCAAACUAUUAUUCUUAUGGAUCAUAUUACCUAUAAGUUGAUGUGCAAAUGUGAAAAUAUUUCUUAUAAAUUGAAUUGAAUAUACAUACAUAUAUAUAGAUCAAAAGGUGCACUAUAUAAUAUAAGCAACACUAUUUUAUAAUUCUCAAAUAUCAACAAGUAUCAAGAGUCCC